AUGCCGACUGAACAUAAGAAAAACUAUCCUGCUUUCGGUCAUGAUGCUUCGAAUUUACAAACAAUCGAUGAUGAAAUCGUAAUAUCUGGCUUCUCAGGUCGUUUUCCUGAGAGUUCCAAUAUUGAGGAAUUUAAGAAUAAUCUGUUAAAUGGCAUUGAUAUGGUUAAUGAUGAUCCACGCCGGUGGCCUAAUGAUUUGCCUGGUGUACCACCACGUGCGGGCAAGAUAAAGGAAGACGAUCUUGCCAAUUUUGAUCAUAUCUUUUUUGGAGUUCAUUCGAAGCAAGCUGAAGCUCUUGAUCCGGUCAUACGGAUGCUUCUUGAGGCAACGCAUGAGGCAAUUAUUGAUGCAGGCUACAAUCCUCGAGAUCUACGUGGAUCCCGUACAGGUGUCUAUACAGGAUUGUCAGGAUCAGAUCAGGAACAAUUCUUAAAUAUAUAUCCUCAUUUGGUGAAUGAAUACGGAUUAUUGGGUAGUCUUCAUACUAUGUUUGCCAAUAGGCUGUCAUAUACAUUUGAUUUGCGAGGACCAAGUAUGGUCAUGGAUACGGCAUGCUCCAGUUCUCUCCAUGCUAUGAAUCAGGCUUUUUUUGAUAUGCGUACAGGACGAUGCGAUGCAGCCAUUGUUACUGGAGGCAAUCUAACCCUUAGACCGGGUGUUACAAAGCAAUUUGCCGACUAUCGUAUGUUGAAUCCUGAAGGAUAUGCUCGGGUAUUUGAUGAGUCUGCAAAUGGAUAUGUCAGGGCAGAUGCAUGCGGGGUGUUGUUUCUGCAAAAGGCCAAAGAUGCUCGUCGUAUUUAUUCAACAAUCCUCAAUAUACGAACAAAUGCAGAUGGGGCCAAAGAGCAAGGGAUUACCUAUCCCAGUGGACAGAUGCAACAAUGUCUCAUUGAGGAGACAUUUAAGGAGAUCAAUCUCAAUCCAUUGGAAGUUGUCUACGUUGAAGCUCAUGGAACUGGCACUACUGUUGGUGAUCCAGAGGAAGUUAAUGCAAUUUGUGAAGUCUUCUGCAACAAUCGCAAGACACCCCUUCCAAUUGGUUCGGUAAAAUCAAAUAUGGGACAUUCGGAGCCUGCUUCCGGUGUAUGCUCCGUUGCAAAAAUUCUCAUUGCCAUGGAAGAAGGUAUCCUACCGGGGAAUUUGCAUUACAGCAAGCCUAAUCCGAAGAUACCUGCUCUCAUUGAUGGACGUAUUGAGGUUCUGGUCGAGAGUACUCCAUGGAAUGGAGGGAUUGUUUCAGUGAAUAAUUUUGGAUUUGGUGGCUCGAAUGCUCAUGUAAUUCUCAAGUCUAAUCCAAAGGUGAAGAUCAGCCGUAAGGAUGAAUUGCCGCGAUUGGUCGUUGUUUCAGGGCGUACCAGUGAAGCUGUUAACACUCUUCUAACUGACAUCGAAACCCAUGCCCAAGAUGAGGAGUAUUUGGCACUAAUUAAUGAAGUUCACAGCAAGAAUAUUCCUCUUCACAACUAUCGUGGAUAUGCUGUUGUUAACAAAGAUGAAUCUCUGUCUGACGUAGUUGAGAUGCUUGAUGCAAAUCGUCCAAUAUGGUUUGUGUACACAGGAAUGGGUUCACAGUGGGCUCAUAUGGCGAAGGACCUUAUGCAAAUUGAUGUCUUUAGAAAGAGUCUUGAUCAAUGCGCUGCUGCAUUGCGUCCUGAAGGCAUAGAUCUUAUUGAAGUCCUCAUUAAUAUGAAUGAAUCUCAUUUUGAUAUUCUGUACAACUUUAUUGCAAUCACAGCAAUGCAAAUUGCUUUGACUGAUCUCUUACAACAUCUGGAGAUCAUUCCUGAUGGAUUUGUUGGGCAUUCAGUUGGAGAAUUAGGAUGUGCCUAUGCUGAUGGAGGUCUCACAUUAGAACAAACUAUUCUGGCUUCAUAUUGGCGAGGGAGGUGCAUCGUUGAUACGGAUUUAAUAUCAGGAAUGAUGGCAUCUGUUGGUUUAUCCUGGGAUGAAUGCUUAAAACGUCUACCUGAGGAUAUUUUUCCUGCUUGUCAUAACAGUGCUGACAAUGUUACAAUAUCUGGACCAACAGAUUCUGUUAAUAAAUUCGUAGAGCUUCUAAAUGAAGAAGGGAUAUUCGUUAAAUCUGUUAAUGUUGCAGGAAGAGCUUUUCAUAGCAAGUAUAUUGCAGAUGCAGGUCCUUUACUAAAGAAGUCUCUCGAUAAAAUUAUUCCGGAUCCAAAGGAUCGUACAGAGCGGUGGAUAAGCUCAAGCAUCCUUGAAGCAGAUUGGAAUUCAACACUUUGCAAGAAGAGUUCUGCUGAUUAUCAUGUUAAUAAUCUUCUAUCUCCAGUUUACUUCCACGGAGCCAUUCAGCAUGUUCCAAAGAAUGCAAUUUGCAUCGAAAUAGCCCCUCAUGGACUUCUUCAGGCUAUCCUUAGGCGAUCUCUGGGGAAAGAUGUGACAAAUGUGAGCCUCAUGAAGCGAGACAAUCAUGGAAAGAAUUUUCAAUUUAUAUUGAACAACAUUGGGAAACUCUAUGCAGCUGGAGCACAGCCAGUUGUCAAUAAACUCUUCCCUCAUGUUACCUUUCCCGUGGCACGUGGUACACCGAUGCUCAACUCAAAAAUUAAAUGGGAUCACUCACAGAAGUAUAAUGUUCCAUUCGCAAAAGCUUACCUCGAUGAAGCCUUAACAUCUUACGGCGUAACACAUGUGGAAUUUAAUCUUAGCAAAGAUGAUGGUGUUUUCUUGAAGGGACACAAUAUAGAUGGUCGUAUCCUGUUUCCUGCUACAGGUUACUUAAUGCUUGCUUGGCGUCAUUUUUCAUUUAUACGAAGAAGGACCCACAAUAACACACCAGUUGUCUUUGAAAAUGUUUCGUUUCAUCGUGCAAAUAUUUUACUUCCUGGUGGAGCUGUGAAACUCACCAUAAAUUUCUUCGAUGGUUCAGAAAAGUUUGAAAUUUGCGAAGGAAAUUCUCUUGUUGCAUCAGGAACAAUACGAAUUCCAGAAAAUAUUGAGGAAGAAAUGUUACCCCUUGAACCACAUUCAGAAUCAAUCAAUGAUUUGGUAUUAAAUACAAAUGAAGUUUAUAAGGAGUUACGUCUUCGUGGGUAUGACUACAGUGGACUAUUUCGUGGUAUUGUCCAGGCAAAUUUAGAUGCAGAUGCAGGAAAACUGAGGUGGAAUGAGGAGAAUUGGGUGACAUUUAUGGAUACAAUGCUUCAAUUUGGUUCAAUUCAAUUAGAAUUUCGUGAUUUGUUCUUACCAAAGCGCUUUGAGAAGGUUAUUAUUAACCCAGAGAUGCAUCUUAAAUUAGCAGAGCAGUAUAGAACAGAUGAAAGUGAAGAAAGUAUUUUCCCUGUAUACUUGUACAGGGAUUUAAAUGUCCUAAAAAGUGGUGGAAUAGAAAUAAGAGGUGUCUCUGCAUCUCUGGCUCCAAGGCGUCAAAAUUCCCAUGCCCCACCCGUGUUAGAAAGAUAUACAUUCAUUCCAAAUUUCAACAUCUGGAAUCUGCCCGAAGAUUCAUCAGAUCAACAGGAUGUGGCAAAGGAGCGAGCAAAAGAGUACGCAAUUACAAGUGCAGUACAACUUGCAAUUGAAAAUUGCAAGGGAGCAUUUAAAAUUAAGACAACUGAAGUGCUGCUUGACAUGAUGCCAGAUGAAAUGGGAAACAUUAAUCCAGAAAAACUUCUGAGUUCAUCUGUAAAGAAUAUAAUUGAGAAUGAACCCAUUUUGGGAAGUGAUACUACUAUUGUGGUGACUGAAAGUACGCCAGAACUACAACAACUGAUGACUGAUGCUGAAAUUCACAUUGUUGUCAAGGAUAUUAAAGAAGGAUCAAUUAAAGUUGGUUGUCAUAUCUUUAUUGCAACGGACAUUCUUAAAAAUUUAAAUGCUGAAAUGAUUUUAAAAAAUCUCAGAGAAUCCAUUGGAGAAGAUUGUUUUAUUCUUCUUGAUGAAUCAACGGAAGAAGGCUCCAAUAACUGCAACAGUGCACUUUUUGACAAGCUCAACUGCGUCCUAGUUUCAUCACAAGCUUACGAAAAUAGAGAAUUCCUUCUUCUACGUCCGAUUUUUGAGAACAAUUCUCACAAUGUUCAAGUAAUAAAUGUGACUGAAAAGAAUUUCAAUUGGUUAGAAGAUCUCAAAAAUGCUCUUCGUACAGCUGAAGAUGAGAAAAAGCUCGUGUACGUCGUAUGCCAAGGUGAGGAAUUAUUUGGAGCUGUGGGCUUAAUGAAUUGCCUAAAAUAUGAAGUUGGAGGUAAAUUUGCAAGAUUAUUCUUUAUUCAAGACACCAACGCUCCAACAUUUUCCCUCACAAAUCCUUUCUAUGCUAAGCAGAUAACUAAGAAUCUUAUUAUGAAUGUUCUUAAGAAUGGAUCUUGGGGUACUUAUCGGUAUCUCAAAUUGAACAAUCAAGACCAAACACAUCUGGUGGAACAUGCCUUUGUGAAUAAUCUCAUAAGGGGUAAUUUGUCAAGUUUCAAAUGGAUUGAAGGAUCCCUCAAUUACAAUCGUCCGCACUCUGAUAGUGAUGAGGUCUGUUCAGUUUACUAUGCAACACUAAAUUUCCGCGACAUUAUGCUGAGUAUUGGAAAACUUGAUGUAAUACAAAUGGGAAAUGAUGAAUGCAUUCUUGGAAUUGAAUUCUCAGGACGUGAUUCAAAAGGAAAUCGCAUCAUGGCAUUGGCACAAGCUAAAUCAUUCGCAACAAUGUGUGUAACGAGAAAAAUUUUAAUUUUACCUGUACCAGAUACCUGGACUCUUGAAGAAGCAUCAACAGUUCCAGUUGCUUACGGUACUGCAUACUACGGGCUUGUAAUACGGGGGAAGAUGAAAAAAGGUGAGACUAUCCUUAUUCAUGCUGGAGCUGGAGGUGUUGGACAAGCUGCCAUUGCAGUUGCACUUAAUUAUGGCUUGACGGUUUUUACAACGGUUGGGAGUAAGGAAAAGAGGGAAUUCCUCAUGAAAGCUUUUCCCCAAUUGAAUGAUUGUCAUAUUGGAAAUUCCCGCGAUUGUUCAUUCGAACAAAUGAUUAUGCGUGAAACUAAAGGGAAAGGUGUUGAUCUCGUUCUGAAUUCAUUGGCUGAUGAUAAGUUCAGAGCAUCUGUUAGGUGUCUCGGACAGAAUGGGAGAUUUAUUGAAAUUGGAAAAUUUGAUUUGACCAAUAAUACUCCAUUGGGGACGUCUGUAUUCCUGAAAAAUACCAGCUUUCACGGAGUUUUGGUUGAUGAUGUUUUAUCAUGGGACGAUGAGACUGUUAAAAUGAUGGUACAGCUCAUGAGUGAUGGUAUCAAGAGUGGUGCUGUUCGUCCACUUCCUCUUACAUUAUUUGAUGAACAUCACGUUGAAGAAGCUUUUCGUUUUAUGGCAAGUGGCAAGCAUAUUGGUAAAGUAGUUAUCAAAAUACGUGAAGAAGAAGAACAGAAGCAGCUUCUACCUUCUCCGAAACUCAUAUCAGCCAUACCACGAACCUACAUGUACAGUGAGAAGACUUAUGUAGUUGUUGGAGGAUUGGGUGGAUUUGGCCUAGAGCUGAUUCAUUGGCUUAUAGCCCGUGGAGCGAAAAAUAUUGUUGCUUCAUCUCGUAGUGGAAUCAAGACAGGCUAUCAAUCUCUAAUGAUACGACGUUGGAAGAAGAAUGGCAUUAAUAUCGUGGUAGACAAGAAUGAUGUAGCAACUCAGGAGGGCGUUGAAGAAUUACUAAAAGAAUCCGCAAAGCUCGGUGCUGUAGGGGGAAUUUUCAACUUAGCUGUUGUACUGCACGACGCAGCCCUUGAUGAUCAGACGCAAGCCAACUUUGAAGAAGUCUGUCUCCCGAAAAUCAACGCAACAAAAUUCCUUGAUGCUGCUUCACGUACUCUUUGCCCGAAUUUGGACUACUUCAUUUGCUUCUCCAGUGUAGUAUGUGGACGUGGCAAUAUUGGGCAGGUUAACUAUGGACUUGCAAAUUCAGGAAUGGAACGGAUCUGUGAAGCGCGUCAAGCAGCUGGAUAUCACGCCACUGUCAUUCAGUGGGGAGCUAUUGGUGACACGGGGAUCCUUUUUGACCGUAUGGGUGACAAUAAAAUAAUUGUGGGUGGUACAGUACCCCAGAGAAUAUCAUCCUGCCUUGAGACAAUAGACAUACUCAUGCAACAACGUCAUUCUGUACUGUCUUCAAUGGUUGUAAUGAAUAAAUGCAGAUCACAUGCUUCUGGACAGUUGAGCGUAUCUGCAUGUGUUGCAAAUAUCCUUGGUAUUAGAAAUCUCGAUAAAAUUCCCAAUGGAAUGUCCUUAAUUGACUUGGGAAUGGAUUCAUUGAUGGGUGUCGAAAUAAAGCAAACCUUAGAGAGGAAUUAUGAUUUGGUACUUAACGUACAGGAAAUUAAGCAACUUACUUUUGGAAAGUUAAAGGAGUAUGAAGUAAAUGCGUCAUCUGGAAGUUACGUGAUCAGAGCUAAGUCCGAAAUAGAUAUACAAGAUGAAUUCACAAAGGAACUUAUGCCAAAGGAGCUUUUGGUGCGCUUACCAUCAAAUGCCGUAGAAGAUUGUCAAGAUAGGCCAAUAUUUGUGCCAUUGGCAGCUGAGCUUAAUUGCCCAGUUUGGGGUCUUCAGUGUACAGAGGAUGUCCCUCUGGAAUCCAUUCAGGACAUGACAAAAUUCUACAUUUGUCAAAUGAAAACAAUUCAGAGCACAGGUCCUUACAACAUUGUAGGAUAUUCCUAUGGUGCAGUGAUUGCCUGUGAAAUGGCUCAACAGUUGGAAAUGGUGCACAAUGACGCCGUAAAUGUGAUCCUUUUGGAUGGAUCACCGACUUUCUUCAACAUGCAAUUGCACCAGAAACGAUCGUUAUUUAGAUCAUCUCACACAGAUGACGAGAAUAUUGCGUUGUGGCAUUUAACAAUGAUGGUUGUUGGAUUUGACAAAGGUUUAUCCAUUAUGAAGGAAGUCGAAGUUAUCGCAUCAUUCGCCCUCAUUCAGGUUGCUUUCCUCAUCCCCUUUUCAUCAUCCUGGACCACCUAG